AAGCACAAGCAUUUCGCUACUCUCGCAAUGACAUCUGCUAACCAUGUGGAUGUGACCAAUAAAAUUUGAGUUGAUCUGUAUCUGCAAAAGUUAUUUCUGGGAAGAUUAUAGGUUUCCCUCAGCAAAUCAAAGGAGGCAAAGGCUAUACAUUUUAAACUGUAAGCAUUUAAAGGUAUUGGUUUUACUGAAAGAUAUCUGAAAGAUAUAGGCCUAACUAUUUCACUGUGUAAACUUCUUCCACUACCAUUAAUAAUAUUACUUUCAGGCAGCUAAGCAAGCACAGAAAGUUUCUACUGAAACUUCCUUUUCUAGUUGUCAUUGUUGUCAAGCACCCCUCCUUUUCUUUUGUUUGCUGAAGCGCGAAGGCCCACCAGAACUCACCAAAACUAUCACAGCUUAUUGUGAAAUAAACAUGAAUUACUUAUUCGAUAUUUGUGACAGGCAGAAGAAAAAGUACACUUUUCUUGUGUAUAAUUUUUAUUUCUUUCUUCAUAAUGCAGUCGUGUCUAUUUCACAAUAAUCUGUGAUACCUGGUUGAACUCACACACAAACUAUAGUUGUCUGUAUGAAAACAGGAAGAUACAGUUUUCAGCACAGGAUGCUCUUCCUUUGGAGCACCUCAGCAUCAAAUGUAAGUGCUCAAAGGCUUUUAGGAGGGAGUGCCAGUCCCUCACCGCCAGUAAACAUAGAGGAGUGCAUGAGGCUAUGGCCAAGUUUAAUGAUAGGUGCCAAACCAAUGUCAAACCGCUGGGGUAUGUGACCCCAAUCAACCGCUGUAGACAGUUUUUGGGAUUAAUGAACAGCUAGGUCAGGGUUUCCCAAACUCGGUCCUGGCCCAUUAUCUUUCAAUAUAAUGGAAAACCCCCAACCUGGAAACAACAUGCUGUCAGACAAUGCCGUCAAUAUGCUGUUGCGUACCAGUGAUUUCUAUGUGUAGCGAACCACUUGACCAAGGCUAGGCAACCCUACUCCUGAAUUCAUGUUUUUGUUUUAACCAACCUGGAAGACCCGGUGUGUUGAAUUUAGAAUGUUGAUCACUGAACUGAUCAAUUAGCUCAGUUGGUCUGGUGUGGUGCCGAGUUGGGACAAAAUCCUCCAUUAUCUGUGGCACUUCGGGAACGGGGUGGCCUACCCCUGCACUAUAUUUAUAUUGGUUUAUAAACAAAUGUGAUAGACAUCCCUCUCCUGUCAGAGUGGUUAAUUGUCCACUUCUGCUUCCUGGUGACUUUUUCCAACUUUUUCCUAAGACAAAGAUCUGACUUCAACUCUGGUCUUACUUUGCUUCAAUAAGGAAACGAUCAGGACCCUCCGCUGAGACCUUUUUCAGUUGAUUGUUACACAUUUGUAUAUCACAUCGUUCUAUUAAAAAUAAUGUUAUUUAAUGAAGUCAUCAAAUCUUGUCUCCUCAAUUCCUCAAACAAUCAUUUGUGUUUUAUGACAGGGCUUCUGAUAUUUGUGGAAUUAACCCUCCCCACUCUUUUUUGUCAACAAGGAAUUUUCUGAUUGGUUUCUUGCUUGAAUGCUCCUUGCCUUGCAUGAUCCCUGCCUUGGAGAGAUGGUCACGUUGACGAUGCCAAAGCGAUUCAGAUCUGGUGCAUAGCCAUUCUAUUAGCAGACGUUAAACCCGGUAGUCUGUUGCUCGUUCCAAGGUGCGCUGAAUGGACACUAAAAAGACCGUAAACACUUUCAACUAUUGAAGGAUGUCGGGGAUCACAGUGAAUUCGGAUUGUGGAGAAUGUUCACCCCCUUCGCAUGAGCCAUGCACCGCGGAAUUACGCCCAUACUCUAGCAUCGAUGACGAUGAUGAACUUCUGAAGUAUAUCUGGAGGGAAUAUUUGCAUCCCAAGCAAUAUGAAUGGGUUCUUAUUGUAGGAUACAUACUUGUUUUUUUUGUUUCUCUCAUUGGAAACACACUAGUUUGUUUUGCAGUGUGGAAAAACCAUCACAUGCGCACAGUGACCAACUGUUUCAUUGUGAAUCUCUCCUUUGCUGAUGUCCUGGUCACCAUCACCUGUCUCCCGGCAAGUCUUGUGGUAGACAUUACAGAAACAUGGUUCUUUGGAAACACUCUUUGUAAAAUACUGCCUUACUUACAGACAAUCUCCGUAUCUGUGUCAGUCUUGACUCUAAGCUGCAUUGCUCUUGACCGCUGGUACGCAAUCUGCCACCCGCUGAUGUUCAAAAGCACGGCCAGGCGCGCCCGCAAGAGUAUCCUCCUCAUCUGGGGGGUUUCCUGUGUCAUCAUGAUCCCCCAGGCCAUCGUGAUGGAGUGCAGCAGCCUGCUCCCUGAGCUCACCAACAAAACCAGCCUUUUCACUGUGUGUGAAGAGCGCUGGGGAGCUGAUGUCUACCCCAAGGUGUAUCACACCUGUUUCUUCAUCGUCACAUACUUCGCUCCCCUCUGUCUGAUGGUUCUGGCAUACAUCCAGAUAUGCCAUAAACUGUGGUGUCAACAGAUUCCUGGGACGUCAUCUGUGCUACAGAGGAAGCGGACGUCCCUCCAGGGUUCCACUUAUCCUCCAGGCCCUGGGGAGUCAGCCAGGGUCCGGACCAGCACAGUGUCUGCUGAGAUCAAACAGGUCCGGGCCCGGAGGAAGACAGCCCGCAUGCUGAUGGUGGUCCUCUUUGUCUUUGCCCUCUGCUACCUGCCCAUCAGCGUACUCAACAUCAUGAAAAGAGUGUUUGGGACAUUUAAGUACACAAACAGCAGAGAGACUGUAUACGCCUGGUUCACGUUCUCACAUUGGCUGAUAUAUGCCAACAGUGCUGCAAAUCCAAUCAUCUAUAACUUUUUAAGUGGGAAGUUUCGAGCGGAAUUCAAAGCAGCAUUUUCCUGUCGCUCUUUUGGCCGAUGUCAGAACCAAACAGAGGGCAUGCGGACAAGAAUAAACACUGACAGACGUAAAUCCUUGUCCACUCAAGUCAACAACAUGGACAAUGUCUCACGGAUAUCUGACCAUGUGGUUUAAUCCUAUACUGGGGCAUGCUGGGAGAUCUUAUAAUUGCACCAUGCCACCCAGGACACACUGGCAUUCACUGUCUCCAUGAUACAAAGGUCACAAAUAGAACACAUUGUAACGUCAAGCUUUUAAUAACAGACAUCUUGAAUGAGACCACAUACUCUGAAUGGACUGAAAGCACUCAAUAUCCACCAACCUGUGUGAAAGCAAAUCCCUCCCCUGCUGGAAAUUCAACCCAGGGGAAGAGAAGUGAUUUGAAUGAAUCGUGUCUGUUACAGAUGGAUAACCGUCUUAUCGGCUCCAGUCUUUGAUUCUCAUCCCACCAGAGGCAGGAAGUAGCACCCCAUGGUGUUAUACACCUCACCAGAAAGAACAGACUGAAGGAUGAAUCACAAUGCAAAGAUUAAACCCUAUCAACGUUAAUUAUCAAAGCUUCUUAAAUCUGAAGAUGGAUUACAAAAUAACAAUUUACUCGUUAAUUAGCCACAAUAGUGUACUACAUGUGUAUUUGUGGUGAUGUUUACUUAUGUCUUAUGCUGAGUAUUUAUCGUAAUAAUAAUAGUUAUUAUUGUUAUUAUUAAUAUUUGUAUUAUUGUUGUUGUUGAUGCUGUUGUUUAUUAUUUUGUAUUGUUAUUGUUAUUACCUUCCUAUUCUAUGUGUAAUAUCUGGUUAUAUGUUUACAGAUACGGUAUUGUACAUUAACAAUCCAACCAAAGUUGGAAAAUCUCCACGGAUGAAUACAUCUACAGUGGAAGGUUACAUUCUCACAACCUUACAUCAUAAAGACGGCUUUGUUUCUAAUUCACUGCUGGAUCAAUCAACAAGCAGUCAGAAGUAAAUAACCCUACAAGACAUUGAAUUCUGAUAGUAUUUUUAAAACAACGUCUUAUUUGAUGUGAACCCCUGAAAAGCAGUUUCUACAAUCGCUUUUGUUUGUUUUGAUUUCUUCUCAGGUGUUUGUUGUGAUGAUUUCUUAUUGGUGUUUCUUAUUAUUUCAUGUACUUUAAAAAAAAAGUAUGUUAAACAGUUUCCCCU